UUGCUACUGUCGUUGUUGCUCAUCUUCGUUCUUUUAUCACAAUCUUUGCAUCGAAAAAAGAAAACUGCGGGAGUGCUGACACGUAUUCUUCCUGUAAUCAAGAAACUGAGCUAAAUUUGCGAUAUAUCGUUAAAAAACGCGUCGAAAGCAUAAUGGUUCCCUUGUGAUCUACCGGUUCCCGCUGGAGUUUCGGUUGGUUUAUCGCGUAAAAGUGUUUAAUAUUAAAUACUGAAAGUUUCAUCAAAGUGACGGCAGUGCAAAACGCUGUGUCCGAUUAGGAAUAAGAAGAAACAAGGGCUUCGCUGCCGAGUCGAAAUGGAUAAUGCGUAUCUUGGGAUUGUUUUGAUUGCGCUGUCCUCAGUGUUGGCGGCAAACGGCCAAGCCUUGAUAAAUUCCGGAGGUCCGCAGAUGGUAAAACUGCUGGAUGAACCCAGCUGCCCACGGUUGGCGGAACUCUGCCCAAAUGUUGCCAAAGGGAUGGAGGACCUGAAGGCUCUCGAGUGUGUGCAAAAUUUUUCGCAGGAACAAGUGGAUUCCCUGUCUGAUGAUUGUCAGCAUUUGAUUUGGAGUCACACGUUGAUCCUGAUGGAUGAUAAGAACAUCCAGCGGUUGGUGCAGAAAGGUUGCCCCAAACAUUACGAUAAGUUUCCAUGCACCACUCAACAAAAUCCAGGUCAAUUUCUGGCAUGCGUGAUCGAUCAUCGUGAUCUCGUCGAAGGAUACGGCUGUCGAGAAUUCAUUCAACGGCUGGAAUACGUGGCCUUCUCCGAUUACCGGUUGAUUGGUCCCUUCCUGAAGGAUUGCACCCGAGACAUUGAAACCCUAAAUUGCGGAAGGAUCAGCAACGAUAACCGCAAAGUUUCCCAAGGCGAAACCAUAUCCUGCUUGCAAAAUCAGCUGGAACGUCUAAACGGAGAAUGCAAGAAGGGAGUGCUGCAUCUGUCGGAAAUUCAGUCCGAUGAUGUGAAACUGGAUCGACAACUAUUCCUGUCCUGCACCGUUGAUGCUAUCCGGUUCUGUCCAUCGAUCCCGCCAGGAUCUCAAAUGGUUUUGCAAUGUUUGAUGAAAAACCGAAACGAUGCCUCCAUGACCGAGCAUUGUCAGAAGCAACUUAUGCGAAAAGAAAAGCUGAUUGCUCACGACUACAAAAUCAGCAAGGGGCUUACCCGGGCUUGCAAGGAAGACAUCAAGUUGCACCAUUGUCGGCGCGGCGUUUCUGAUGAUAAGGAUGUCCGGUUGGCACAAAUUUUACUCUGUUUGGAAGCGAUUCAAAAAAAUAAUACCAAGUUGAGUCAGGAUUGCGUUGUGGAAAUUAAUGACCACCGAAGAAUGCUGAUGGAGGAUUACAAACUGUCGCCGGAAAUUUUGACCGGUUGUGCUGAUGACAUCGACAAGUUCUGUAGCAAUCUGGACGCAGGAGGUAAAACGAUUCACUGCUUGAUGGAGCAUGCCCGACCUAAGAAGAAGAAGGAACGUCGCGUGACGGAAGUUUGCCAGAGAGCUUUGGAGACGUUGGUCAAGGUAGCAGACGUUGGGGAAGAUUGGCGCGUUGAUCCGGUACUGCGAAAAGCUUGCAAAUCUGUUGUAGAUGUGGCCUGUUCCGAAACGAAGGGAGGCGAUGCUCGAGUCAUGUCUUGUCUGAUGGAAAAAAUCGGAACCAAUUUUAUGAAGGAAGAAUGUGAAAGCGCGCUUUUGGAGAUUCAAUACUUUGUCGCCAGGGAUUUCAAGCUGGAUCCACAGCUUUAUAGAAACUGUAAAGACGAUGCGAUUCGAUUCUGCAAAGCAAAAAAGACAUGGGCUGAUCUCGAAACCGGACAGAUGGAUCCGGAACGAGGACCACUGAUCUUACCCUGUUUGCAUCGCUACGCGUAUCACCCCGAGAAAGAUAUGCAACUCAAGCAGGAGUGUUUCCAAGAGGUCAAACGCGUCAUGCGUCAACGUGCUCGCUCAGUAGAUCUGAUCCCCGAAGUCGAGGAUGAAUGCAUCGAUGAUUUAGCUUACUUUUGCUUCGAUAAAACCGGCAAAGGCGAAGAAAUGCUCUGUCUGCAGGAGAAUUUGGAGAAACUGCAGCCAAAGUGCAAAGAUGCGGUGAGCAGUUUCACCGAAGAGGAAGCCGCACACAUUGAGCUAAACCCAGUUAUUAUGACCGUGUGCGGCGAUGCCAUGCAGCGGCAUUGCUCGGAAAUUCUGAAAACCGGCAAAGACGAAGGCGACAUGAUGGAAUGCUUGAUCUCGUACAAAAAUGAUGCCGACUUGCGAAACGACGUCAAGUGCCGAGCGGCGAUCGAACACUUCCAAAUUAUUACGCUGAAGAACUACCAUUUCACAUACAAAUUCAAGGAAGCUUGUCGCCCUUACGUGGCGCGGUUCUGUCCACAGAGUAACACCAAGUUCGACGUGGUUGCCUGUCUUAGCGAGGUGAUGCGGAAUGACACCAUCAAGGGCUCGAAGCACUCAAUCCCGAAGGAGUGCCGACAGCAAGUACGGGCUCAGCUCUACCAGCAACGUGAAAACAUCGACUUCGAUCCGAAACUGAAGACCGCUUGCCGGGAGGAGAUCAACACCUACUGCUUCAACGUUCCGCACGGAUCCGGCCAGGUGAAUAGGAACAAUGUUCUGGAAUGCCUCCAAACGCAGCACGGCAAGCUGGGCGAACAGUGCCAGCACAUGCUGUUCUCUAUUAAAAAAUCCGAACUGACCGACAGUUCCACAGACUACGUCCUGCUGAGCACGUGCAAGGACAUGAUCCAUCAGUACUGCCGCGAUGCGGAACCUACGGCCGUGUUGGGGUGUCUGAAAAUUCACAAGGACGAAAACCUGUUCGACGGUCGGUGCCAUCUGGUGGUGGUCAAUCGGAUGAUCGAACAGAAUCUCGACUAUCGAUUCAAUCCGUUGUUGCAGAAUGCCUGCGCGCAGGAUAUCGCAGACCACUGUACGGACAUUGUCGCUAGUGCAAAGAUCAAUGAGGAACUGAACGGAAAGGUGAUCGGCUGCUUAAAGGUCAAGUUCAGGGACGGAAAGCUACACGCGAAUUGUGAGAAGCAGAUGACGGAGGUUUUGCACGAGCAAGCGCUGAACUACAAGCUGAAUCCGUUGCUGCAGAGCGUUUGCAAGGACGAGAUUCAGGUUCUGUGCAGUUCAUCGCUUGGGGAAGGUGGAGCUGCUGAGGAAGAUCACGGCAUGGUUGAAGAAUGUCUAAAACAGGCAUUCCUUAAGACACAGAUUAUUAAUCCGGCUUGCAAAGUGGAAGUGGCGGAAUUGAUCCAGGAGGGCAAGGCCGACAUUUAUGCGGAUCCUAUGCUACAGCGGGCAUGCGCCGUGGAUUUACUCAAGUAUUGUUCCAAUGUGCAGAGCGGUAAUGGAAGAUUGCUCAAAUGCUUGGAAGUUAUCCUACAGGAUGAAUCCAAAGCACUGGACGACGAGUGCAAAAGUACGCUAACGAAACGGAUGGAAAUGUUCCGCAACGCCGCAGUGGUGGUACCGCAAGCGGAAAACCUCAGCCAGUUGUACACCCAGGUGGUGGAUUCGCCCUCGAAGCACUACUUCCUGCUGGUGCUGUUCGGCUGCGUAAGUAUAGUCUUCAUUUCCGGGCUGCUGUGCGGACGCGUAUCGCGGCGGACAAUCGCCCUCAAGAACAAAUAGUCACGGUGGUGCCGAUCGUUUUGGCGUCGGAAUGCCGCUAAACCGUUGCUGGUCGCUUAUUUGUAAAUUCAGAAUUUAUGUUUUUCGGCUCCUGCUCUUGCAAGCGGUUGAUAGGCCAAUAUUAUUGAAUUCAAAACGGACAAGCUGUGAGGUCUAAUACAAUACAGAUUGGCGAUUAGCUAAUCCAGGUCUGCCGUUGAAUUUUGCGUGUCUGUGUUAAUAGGACUUCGUACGAAUAUAGUUUUAAAACGAUUGAAAAGUCGAUCUGCUACGUUUUACGGUACGGAUUUUUUUUUCUGUGUGAACUGAAUGAUUAUUUCUUUGUUGUCCUUCCUGGAAUUUCGGCCCUUCCUAUGAUGUCAUUUGUAAAAUAUUAGUUAGAUGUGAGAUUUGUUUUCACACGUUUUAGUAAUAGGCAUGAAAUUCUGUUCCUAUCCUUUCUAAUGUAGCACCCUCCCCACCUCCCCGACUAAUCCACUACUGGUUUACACUACCUAGGUAUGAAAAUUGAGAAAAAAAUGAAGCAAAACCUUUGCAACUAAAAUUGAACUAAUGUAGUAAUCAGAGAGCAACUAAUAAGCCGAUGGCAACAGUAUAGAAGACAUUUUUAUAAGUAGUUUAACUUUACAUAUAUAACAUCGUAAGGAUCAAUAAUGAGAUGAAGGCGAAGUAAAGAGCGAAA